CUUUCUCUCUCGAGUCGACCUGCUGUCCGGAACAGAAACGAACCACGCCGACAAAAUGAUGCUCGUAACAAUUUGUUCGCAAUAACGGGAACCGAAAACGUUCGUUUAUUUAUCUAUUUAUUUAUUUGUUUGUUUGCUUGGCACUUGGUGUGUCCAGCGAUGGAAAUGAGAUAGUGCAGUCGGUCCGUUCGACGCGGGGAGUUGCCGCUGUGUAUGAGUGUGAACCCCUUGAGGAUGCUUACGAACGGCGGUAGGUAACCGGUAGGAUGGUGGCAGUGGAAGUAAGUGGGCACAGCUACCUGGUGGCAUGCUGGCAGCCCAUCCUAAUUUUAAUGCUUGCCACUGUGCUAUCCGGCUCUACCACAGGCUGUCCAUCCCGCUGCGAGUGUAAUGCCCCGGAGCGUGCUGUUGUGUGCCACCGUAAAAAGUUGAUGUCAAUUCCUGAGGGUAUUCCAUCUGAGACAAGGUUCCUAGACCUCAGUAAGAACCGCAUUAAAACAAUUAACCCAGAGGAGUUCUCUGGGUUUCCCAACUUGGAGGAGCUGGAAUUGAAUGAAAACACCAUAUCCACCAUUGAACCUGGGGCCUUUAACAACUUGUAUGGCCUUCGGACUCUCGGGCUGCGCAGCAACAAGCUUAAACUUAUUCAGCUGGGUGUUUUCACAGGCCUCAGCAACCUUACAAGGCUGGAUAUCAGUGAGAAUAAAAUAGUUAUCCUGCUAGAUUACAUGUUCCAGGAUCUCUAUAAUCUACGCUCUCUGGAAGUGGGUGAUAACGACCUUGUGUUUAUAUCCCACAGAGCAUUCCAUGGUCUCAACAGCCUGGAACACCUGACAUUGGAAAAGUGCAACUUGACCUCUGUUCCCACAGAGGCCUUUACUCAUUUGCACAGCCUCAACAUUUUGUGUCUGCGCAACCUCAACAUUAACAGCAUCAGAGAUUAUUCCUUCAAACGCCUCUCCCGUCUCAAAGUUCUGGAGAUCGCUAAUUGGCCAUACCUAGACACAAUGACUACUAACUGUUUAUAUGGUUUGAAUCUUACAUCGUUAACAAUCACCAAUGCGAAUUUAACUUCAAUCCCAUAUGUGGCACUCCGGCACCUGGUUUACCUGCGAUUCUUAAAUAUGUCUUACAAUCCCAUUGUAAUCAUUGAGGGGAACAAGCUCCAUGACCUGCUUAGACUGCAGGAGUUUCACUUGGUUGGUGGUAGACUGGCUAUAAUAGAGCCAUACUCAUUUAGAGGACUCAACUAUCUAAAGAUCCUGAAUGUGUCAGGCAAUGCUCUAACUACAUUGGAAGAAUCAGCUUUCCACUCAGUGGGGAACUUGGAGACACUGGUGCUAUAUGGCAACCCUCUGGCAUGUGACUGUAGGCUUCUCUGGGUAUUCCGUCGCAGAUGGAGGCUCAACUUUAACCGCCAGCAACCCACAUGCGCCUCACCUGAGUUUGUUCAAGGAAAAGAAUUCAAAGAUUUCCCUGACAUAUUACAGCCUAAUUAUUUUACAUGUCGCAAAUCAAGAAUCCGGGACCGCAAAGCACAGCAGACGUAUGUAGAUGAGGGAACCACUGUGCAUUUUGCAUGCCAGGCAGAUGGCGAUCCGGCCCCAGUUAUCAUGUGGCUUUCUCCACAAAAACAGUUAGUUACCCCAAAAACUAUAGGAAGACUUACCAUGUUUCCUGAUGGUACUUUGGAGGUGCGCUAUGCUCAGAUCCAAGACAAUGGGACAUAUGUGUGUAUUGCAAGUAAUGCAGGUGGAAAUGACACUGCUGUUGCUCACCUUCAUGUUCACAGCUACUCUCCUGACUUGCUCAACCAGUCCAACAAAACCUUUGCUUUUAUUUCUAAUCAGCCCACUGACAGCGGAGCCAAUGAGACAAAAGCUACUGUUCCUUUCCCCUUUGAUAUAAAGACUCUUAUCAUUGCCACCACCAUGGGAUUCAUCUCCUUCCUUGGUGUGGUAUUAUUCUGUUUGGUACUGCUAUUCCUGUGGAGCCGGGGUAAAGGUAACACUAAACACAACAUCGAGAUUGAGUACGUACCACGUAAAUCAGAUGCAGGACUAAGCAGUGGUAAUGCUGAUGCACCUCGUAAAUUUAAUAUGAAAAUGAUUUAAUCCAUGCAAGGAGUGUAAAAGACAGUAAACACUGAAUGAUUGUGAGUAAAAUAUGAAACCCACCCUGACUAACCACUGGAUCCUGCAACGUGCUUAUAGAGGAAGUGUUAAUGAUGUGUGUUUGAUGUUGAAAAGUGAGGAGAAAAAUACUUCAUUUCUCUGUGAUGGCAUUUUCUGCUUGGCCUUCAGGGACCACUUCUUGAGAGACAAUUUUGUUGUAAAACAUUCAAGUGGAAUUUUAUGGGCAAAAGGAAAAGACUAAUGAACCCUUCUCAAUGUUCAUGUGAUCCGCCAAAACACAAAAGAUCAUUGUCCUCUUUGCUGUCCUUUUGCCUGCAUUAUGUGUUAUUGUAUGAUUUCUUUUCAAUAUUCAAACUAAGAUAAUUUUAUCAUACAGCAGCAGUAGACGUUUCUGGGUUGAUGAGCACAUUAACUAGUUCAGUGCUAUGCUAAAAAUAUAAUUUGUUUCAGAUGAUCACUGCCAUACUCCUUGAAUACUGUUGGUAUCCAAGUCAAAUACUGCACUAUCACAUACACUGUACAGAGCAUUUUUUCAAGACACUGUCUUGAUGUCCUUUUACUUUCAGUUGAAAAUUAUUAUUUUUUAU